AUGACGGGGUUUCCCUCUUUUCGUCCAUCCACGUCCCGUGAGCUGCUGGACUAUUAUUACGCCAAGUAUGACGCAGACAUCGCAUCUGGAAAGUACGAGCCCAUUGUGUUCCCAUGGUGCGGUGCUCCGGCCGCAGCGGUUGUUCUCUACCUCCUCAUACCUCAUCAGAAGUCCCAUUUCCUCCAACAAGCACGUUAUUUGGUGUUUGCUUUCAUUGUCGGUUUUACUGUAUAUCAGAUCACGUUCUGCAGCACGCGUAACAUGGCACCGUGCUAUGGGAAUGGAGUCGUUUCAGCAUGGCUGGUAAUAUCCUCCAUUGCAAACCUCAUUUUCAACGACGCGCAGUCGGACUUUCAAAGAAUUGUAUACAAGGAUCCGCAUCCUCAAGAGAACAGGAUUCUGCAUCAGGAGAACAACCAAAACCCAGGUUCCAUCAAUCCAUCGAAAGAGCCUUUAAGAGAGGUCGGAAAGGACGGAACCCAACCUAGUUCUAGUCGACGUCACCGAAGUUUCGCUUGGCAGCCUUACCCACUGGACUCGUUCAAAGACCGGCUACAGUGGGUCAUAGAUCUGACUGGAAAUACUCGAGGUAGCAACUGGAGCUGGCGAACGCGAACGAUAGCACCUCCACCAAAAUUUGUCCGAGAGCAGCUACGAGAGAACUCAGGACCACAAUCUUCCACAGAGCGCGCUCAUGCUGGAGUCACCGAGUCGUAUCCAACAAGAAGAGAGCUUCUGCUAGCAAACCUUAGGACGCUUGCGAUCAGCUAUCUGUGCCUUGACCUGGCAAAAGGCAUUAUGGCGCGUGACCCCUACUUUUGGGGUUAUCCCGAGCUUCCACCCCCGGCCUAUCUUCCAUCAUUCAUAUCUAGUUCAGCGGUGUUACUUCGAGCAUAUCGGCUCUAUGUGACCCUUUUCGGCGUCCGGUAUGCCUUGGAAGCAGUCUACACAUUCAGUCCCCUCUUCUUCGCCGGAAUCGCAAGUCCUUUCGUUGGUGCCUGGGCGGAACCCUGGAUGUUUCCCCCUACUUUCGGCAGUUCUAUCAACGUAGUAGAGCGCGGCCUUGCGGGCACAUGGGCAGACUGGUGGCAUCAAACCUUUCGCUUUGGGCUUGAGGCUCCCUCAAAAUGGUUCAUCACCGCCAUCGGCAUGAAUCGCCAAUCUAUUCCCGCAAAACUCAUUCAGGUCUUUACUGCAUUCACGCUAUCUGGAUUCAUGCACGCAUGUGGGAGCGCUACUCAAGCUGGGCCCACUACCCCUCUCCAUCCUUUUCUUUUCUUUAUGACUCAAGGAAUUGGCUGUGUUGUCGAAGAUGCCCUUACGAAGCUCGCUCGGCGGGCCGGGUUACACAAGCGUGUCCCCAAACCCGUACGCAUUUGCUUCACUAUCGCGUAUCUGCAUGUAUGGGGAUACUAUACUGGGCCUCUUAUGGCCGACGAUAUGGCAAGGGGUGGUAUAUGGCUCACCGACCCUGUCCCAUUCAGCCCUUUAAGAGCACUGGGCUUGGGACCGCCAGGGGAUGACCGGUGGUUGCCAUGGGGUGGAUGGCCGUGGAAAGGACAAUGGGCCUAUUUUCAUCGGGGUUCGACAUGGUGGAAGAGCGGCAUUGCAUUUUAGGAGCAUUUUAUGUUGAUGUUGUUUUAGAGUGUUGAUAUGCUGAAUUACCCUUUAGAGUAGAUCUAACAUGUUCUUUCGAUUCACAGCUUGCUAAGC